UUUCUAGAUGUAAAUUGCAUUGGUCUGGAUCAUGAGUCAGUUUCUAGCAGGGAAGAAUUAAGAAAAUUUAUCCAUAAUGAGCUUAUUCUGUAUGUGCUUGUGCCUGGACUUUUGCAUCUUUCUUUGAAAUGGGCUUGAAAUGGGCUAUAAGACUAGAAGGGACCUUUGAUCUGAUUUCUUAUCUGCUAUAGUUAUUAAAACCUCUACUUUCAGCUUGUGAGAAACUAUUAUUAUUUCAGUGCAUGAAAACAUCUUUCAUGGUUGAGGCAGGGCAGAUAUGCCUUGAAGAAAAGUUCCAAGUUUCCUUAGCCUUUUUUGCCUCUUCUUACCUUCAGGGUGUACAGCAUGGCCCAAACAGAGAAGAAAGGUGGGCUGCUCCGCAAAUCUUCAGCCUCCAAGAAGCCCUUGAAGGAGAAAGUUGUGUUGAUGUACGAUGAGAUUUUCACGACAGAGGACCCCAGUAAAUGCAACCCUAGGUUUUGGGAGGAGCUGUUUCUCAUGAAGGUCAACUUGGAAUACCUAGAAGGCAAGCUGGAGGCGCUGGAUGGGGAAGAGCUAAUGAAGAUAAAAGAUAACAUCAACUGCUUGUUUCAGCACUGCAUCCAGGCACUGGGUGAGGAGCACCCGAUCAGAGUGGUCAAUGCACUACAGACUUUGUGUGCAUUGAUUCGGGGUGUCCAUCAGAAGAACAAAUCCACUUCUGGGUUUGACAUCAUCAACAUGCUUGUGGGUUUUGAUAAGGCAGAGCUAUGUAUGAAGAAUCUGAUGGAGAGCUUGGACUCACUCCUCUGUGCAGAAGGUUCUGAAAGCCUCAAAAGCCUGUGUCUGAAGCUACUUCUCUGCUUGGUGACGGUGACAGACAACAUUAGCCAGAACACCAUCCUGGAGUAUGUGAUGAUUAACAGCAUAUUUGAAGCUAUUUUACAGAUCCUGUCCAGCCCCCUUAGUCGCAGGGAACAUGGCUAUGAUGCUGUUGUCCUCCUUGCCUUGCUGGUCAACUACAGAAAGUACGAGUCAGUGAAUCCCUACAUUGUGAAGCUCUCCAUCGUAGAUGAUGAGGCCACACUCAACGGAAUGGGACUUGUAAUUGCCCAGGCUUUAUCGGAAUAUAACAGGCAAUACAAAGAUAAGGAAGAGGAGCACCAGAGUGGUUUCCUUUCAGCCCUAACUAAUAUGGUGGGCAGCAUGUUCAUAGCAGAUGCUGAUGAGAAGAUCUCAGUCCAAACGAAUGAAGCAAUCCUUCUGGCCCUCUAUGAAGCUGUUCACUUGAACCGGAAUUUCAUCACCGUUCUGGCACAAAGCCAUCCUGAAAUGGGGCUGAUGACAACACCAACAAGCCCAAUUCCAACGACGCCUGUCACUCCACUCGGAACCACCCCACCUUCUUCAGAUGUUAUAAGCUCUGCAGAGCUGCCUUUGGAUGCUGAUGUGCAAACUAGCAACCUGCUGAUAACCUUCUUGAAGUACAGCUCGAUUGUGAUGCAGGACACAAAAGAUGAGCAUCGGCUACACAGUGGCAAGCUGUGUCUGAUUAUCCUGACGUGCAUAGCAGAGGAUCAGUAUGCUAAUGCUUUUCUCCAUGAUGACAACAUGAAUUUUCGAGUGAACCUACACAGAAUGCCCAUGCGACAUAGGAAGAAAGCAGCAGACAAGAACCUGCCCUGUCGCCCGCUGGUGUGUGCGGUGCUUGAUUUGAUGGUGGAGUUCAUUGUAACACACAUGAUGAAAGAAUUUCCUAUGGAUCUCUAUGUGCGGUGCAUUCAGAUCGUGCACAAGCUGCUGUGCUACCAGAAGAAGUGCCGAGUGAGGCUUCAUUACACCUGGAGGGAGCUCUGGUCAGCUUUGAUCAACUUGUUGAAGUUCCUCAUGUCUAAUGAGACUGUGUUGCUGGCCAAGCACAACAUCUUCACCCUUGCUCUUAUGGUUGUGAAUCUCUUUAACAUGUUCAUCACUUACGGAGACACCUUUCUCCCCACUCCCAGCAGCUAUGAUGAGCUGUAUUAUGAAAUCAUUCGGAUGCAUCAGAAUUUUGACAACCUUUAUUCCAUGGUUCUAAGGCUUUCUACCAAUGCUGGACAAUGGAAAGAACCUGCAAGCAAGGUGACCCAUGCGCUAGUCAACAUUAGAGCCAUCAUCAAUCACUUCAACCCAAAGAUAGAGUCUUACGCUGCGGUGAAUCACAUAUCACAGCUCUCCGAGGACCAGGUUUUGGAGGUGGUACGGUCCAACUACGACACGCUGACCCUGAAGCUGCAGGACGGACUGGACCAGUACGAGCGCUACUCGGAGCAGCAUAAAGAGGCUGCCUUCUUCAAGGAGCUGGUCCGGUCCAUCAGCAUCAACGUGAGGAAGAACCUUGCUUUCAACACGCUGAGCCAGGAGCUGCUGCUGAAGGAGUUCUCCACCAUCUCCUGAGGCCGGGCCGCAGCCGCUGCGCGGGGCUGACCAGAGACGGGCCCGAGGGGCAGGGACACCACAGAUCUGCAGCCCCUCGCCUUCUGCCUGCAGAAGGGACUGCAUUUCUUCUAGGGGAGAGCCUUGCUGCUGUGUGUUUGAUCCCAAAGGCUUGCGUUUCGACAGGGCUGGGGCUGAGGAGAGGUGGUCGGCGUGGUGAGGAGGAGGAGGAGGAGGCAAUUCUGUCAGGUGCCGUGGGGGUGGGCGGCCCUUCCUGUGAGGGAGUGAUGGGAGUUUCCCUCCGCAGCCUCAGGGAAGAUGUGCUGGAAACCUUUGUAGCAGAGCUGGGGAGAGCUCACAACUGAAAUAAUAAAACCAGUCCAGCUGUGUGAGACAGUUCUGGGUUGAGAUCGCUCGCCUGCUCUAUGGGUAAGGGCUGGUCUUUUCCAUCGGCCUGGAUCAACCCAACCUUCCUGCAAUGUAGGUCAAAUCCACUGCCAUCCCCUUGGGAAUGGCUUUGGGAUAUGAACCAGCUUCCCCAAGGGGCAGGCCCUGCUCACUGCUGGCUCCUGAUGUCAGAAAGUGUCACCUGAACCAAGCCAUCGGAUUGCUGGAGAAGAAGUUUUGUCUCCAAGGCUGUUGACUUACAGAGUCCAGUCUGAUGGUCAUCAAACAGAGCACAUUGUAACUGGAGACCAGCUCUGCUCGGGGUCACCGUUGCUUCCAGUAGCCCAGCUCAUCUCUGCUGUUCCUAAGGUUGAGGGACAUUUUUAGAUACUCCACUUUCACGGGGCAGAGGACAGGCUGACUCCCUCCCCCCGCUCCCCUUAUUGCCCACCAGAGACUGCAUUGCGACAAUCCUACUCUUCCUCCCAGGAACCUCUGCCUUGCCCAUGUUUGCAAGUUCCUGGUGACCUUCACGAACUACGAAGUCCCUGGUUUUUCCCUUGUGUGUAGCAGGCAGUUAAAAUGCAGCUGGAGAAGUCGUUCCCUCCCUUUGUAGCUUGCCCUCCUGUCUUCACCAAGCGACUUGCAGCAACAGUCUGCUGAGAACUUCCUAAGGAAGACAUCCAGGAGGAUGCUCCGGGGCACGAGCAAGACCUUUCUGCUCCAGAGGUGGUGUUUCAGAGGUGCCCAGCUCCGGCCGAGCCUGUUCCCAGGCUGUGUCUGCUGCCAACUCAGGAAUGCCUGCUCCCUGCCUGUGCGUUUCCAGCUCCCAGCAGUGACCUCAGGGUCUGUCCUGACUCGGCGGAGCGAAGCAGAGAAGUUACUCUACAUCCCACAUCCACUUUGUUUUUUCUUCCCCUAGCAAACAGGUUUUUGAAAAAAGAAGUGCCUAGUCCCACUCUUAGCCUCAGAGGUUAGAGUAGUGUGAGUGAUGUGAAUGUCAUGCUCAUUUACUACCAUUUUUAGGCAAGGCUUAUUCAUGCUAAUGUGUGUUAAUUAUGUUAAUGUUUCACCUUUACCUGCCGUGAGCAUGGGAGACUGAGAGCUGUGUCCUUGGCCGCCGACUGGUCACGGUGCCCCAUGAAGACAGUGUGUUUUCCUUGGGAGCACCAGCUUCUCCCAACGGAGUAUCCUCUGCCUCAGCACGGAAUUGUCUGCCUUUUAUCAGCUGAGCCAGACACUUAUUUGCUUUCCUGCCGUGCGAGCGUGAGGAAAUGUCUACGUGUCAGAGGGACGGUGCUUGGGAGAGCGAGCGGGGUCCAGAAGAUCACUCUGCUGGAGAACAGGCCAGGACACGUAGGAGGAGGCAGCUUCUCCAGUGGCAGAUGAGUAAAACCUCAUCAUGGGGUGCUGCUCUCUGUGCUGGGGGAGCUCUCCCCGGACCAUCUCACCUCUGGAGUGGGGGGAAAGGAUCCUUUCUUCUGAAGGGGGCUGGAGUUGUUUCCUCGAGGUGCAGCCCCAGCAGCUGCUGUGGGAGCACUGGGUCACUCCACGUGCCUCCUUUCCUCCGCUGCCGCUGGGGCUGAGAGCAGGCGGGUGGGUGAGAGGGUUGGGGAUGAGUCUGACUCUGCCUCGGCCACCUCUGGGUGGGAUUUUGAGCUUUUCGCUCUGGGCUCCACUGUCGAAGGUCUCACCUCCCCCAGGGCCCUCCCUUGGUGACCUGAGAAGCUCAGGCUGUGACCGGGAGCAGCUCCUGGGGUCACCCCCCAACCCAAGGCUGACCUGGGGGAGAGGGGUGACACACACGUCCCCUUGUCACGCUGUCACCGACCCGAGCGCUGUAAAUGGCUGUACAUACAAAGCUAGAGCUCAAUAAAUAGCAGAGCCCUGCCUGGCCGGA